AUGUCCCAGUUUAUUAAUCCUGAAGACGCAGAAUCUUCAAAUGUGUUUCAAAUAAAAGUAAUUACGUGGUCUGAAUACGAACAUCGUACUCCUAUUUUACUCCAGGAUUUGAAUGGUCCCUGUCCCUUAAUUGCCCUCGUGAACACAUUAUUGUUGAAGAAUGAAAUAGACAUCCGGAAUGAAACGUUCAACCCAAUUCAAGACGAAUUUCAAGUCAACAGACAAAGAAAAUCUGAUGGAAUAAACAACUUGAAGCUGUUAUUGUUAAAAGACCACUUAAACGCAGGGUCAAUUACACUAACUAAAUUGCUAGCCCAAUUGGGGGAUAUAUUGUUAGUUAUGUUAGAAGUCUAUCAGAACAAGGUUUCCAAUUAUAAUCUUGAUAAUCUAUUGAAAAGUUUACCUUUGUUACAUACUGGGCUUUCUGUUAAUCCGAAUCUCGUCGAUGGUGAAUUUCCGCCUGAAGAUUUAUCAACAACAUUAUUUGAUGUAUUUGACUUAAAGCUCAGGCAUGGUUGGUAUUAUAGUCCGUCGUCUAGUUCGAUCCUUCCUGGCGUGGAUAAUGAUGUUUCUUUGCAAGGUGCCUUUCGUGACCUACAAACCUUUGAUAAGAUCCAAGAUUUUUUGCUUUAUGAACCAAGAAAUGAUAUUCAAGAGGAUUUGAGAAUUGAGAUUGAAGAAAAGCAAAGGAUGAUAAAGGCAUGGUUAGAUAACAAUCCGACACAAUUGACUGAUGCCGGAAUGAAACAUUUGAAUAGAACAUUAGAGGCUGAAGAAUUUAUUGUUUUCUUCAGGAAUAAUCACUUUAGCACUCUUUAUAAGAAAGAUGAAAAUGACUUCUAUACGUUACUUACUGAUGCUUCAUUCCACAGGACUGAUAAAUCUUAUAAAGACAUUGUUUGGCAAUCAUUUAUCUCAGUAUCUGGUAAGGAUGAUUUAUUUUUCGCAGGCGACUUCGUUCCUGUUCUAGAGGAUAUAGAGUAUUCUAGUCCGGAUGAUGAUUAUAUGUUGAUAAAGCAAUUACAAGAAGAAGAAGAUGAGGCAAUUGCAAAGCAAAUGCAGCAACGAUAUAAUAAAAAUGGAGAUAAAAUGAAGGACAAACUUACAAAGAAAGACGGGAAACAGUCACCACCCUUAAAUAAAUCAAGCAACAGUCUGAAAACUAAGCUGAAAAAAAAAUCUACAUGCAUAAUCGUAUAG